UUAUGUUUAUUAAGUUUAAAGAUAAACUUCUUUACGUUAAGAAGUAAGUCUCUAUCAAGACAAUAUGUUGACUUUAAACAAAACACUAUUAUUUACUUCAACAAACAGAGAUAAGUAACAGUACACUUCCAUUGCAGGGGAUACGUAACUAAGUGACCCCUCCGCGAACCUAGAUAAUUUAUUGUUAUUAUAAGAAUAUAACGUAAUUUAACUCUUAAUUGAGAUCUGACCAACGAAGUGACCGCUUCGUCGUACACUAUAUAAAUGCAAUUUGAAGAAAAACAAGUGAAAGAAAUCAAUAAAGAAGAAAAACACUUCAACAACCCAAGUGCCAGAAUGCCGAACAUAAAAGUGUUUACUGGAAGCUCUCAUCCAGACAUCGCGAAAACUAUCGUCGCAAGGCUAGGUCUAAACUUGGGCAGGGCCACCACUAAGAAGUUCAGUAACAAAGAAACCAACGUUGAAAUCGGCGAAUCCGUUAGAGGUGAGGAUGUCUACAUUGUUCAAAGCGGCUGUGGGGAAAUAAACGAUAACUUGAUGGAACUUUUCAUAAUGAUAAACGCGUGCAAAAUUGCAUCAGCAUCGAGAGUAACGGCGGUUGUGCCCUGCUUCCCGUACUCGAGACAGGACAAGAAAGAGAAAAGCCGGGCGCCGAUUACGGCCAAGCUACUUGCUAAUCUGAUUUCUGUAGCCGGAGCUGAUCACGUCAUCACAAUUGACCUACACGCGUCACAGAUCCAGGGCUUCUUCAAUAUUCCCGUCGACAAUCUUUAUGCUGAACCAGCUAUUACCAAGUGGAUCAAAGAAAAUAUCCCAGAAUGGAAAAGCAGCGUCAUGGUGUCUCCAGACGCAGGCGGGGUGAAGAGGAUGACCGGAAUCGCUGAUCGUCUUGAUAUCGAUUUCGCCAUUAUCCACAAAGAAAGGCAAAGGGCUAACGAAGGAGAUUCUACGGUUCUUGUUGGGGAUGUGAAGAAUAAAACUGCAAUCAUGGUUGACGAUUUAGCUGAUACAUGUGACACAAUACUCAAAGGUGCUGAAGCGCUCCGCGAAGCCGGCGCCAAUAAGAUUUACGCGUUCUUAACCCACGGAAUAUUUGCCGGGAACGCUAUCGAAAAAAUUAACAAUUCGUCCUUGGAAGCAAUCGUGGUGACAAACACCAUACCGCAAGAAAAAAAUAUGAAAUUGUGUCCGAAGUUACAAACAAUAGACAUUUCUGUGAUGCUCGCGGAAGCCAUAAGGCGUACUCAUUAUGCCGAAUCCGUGUCGUAUCUUUUUACUAACGUGCCAUAUUAAUAAGGUUGUUUGUAUGAACAGAUUAUCGGUAGUAUAAUGGGAUCGAAUGUGUAGCCCUUGCUUUACUGAUAUUCACU